GAUUAUCGCCAUAGGCAACUAUUUUCUCAUCUCAUUUUCUCAUUUAUUAAUAGGUUAAGUCAUCUAUGACAUUUAGUAGGCUGUCAAGGAGUCGAGAAGUCACUUAAAUUAUUGCAGCAGUCAAGGAGAGAGCGUUUGUACUGUAAUUUUCAUCUUCGUCGAAACGGAUCCCGCCUGCUGACUCAAUUUCGAGAGGGCCGACAGGUUGCUUUGUUCUGAAUGGCUGGCUCUCAUCAUCUCACCUUUCCUAGUAAGAGCGAUAUCAUAAAUAGGCCCGUCUGCAGCCUGGCAUCACAGUAAGACACAGACUCAUUGCCGCAGAUUUACCGCACCUUCACUUUGAGGAUAUUAUACUAUAGAAACUAUCAUCAAUCUCAUUUGUAAACAAUUCAAUGUUCGUUUAUCAAAGGUGCUCUUUCAUUGGACUAACCUAGGAUAAUUCAACGGAUUUUUAUUCUUUAACCUGUUACCAGACAAAAAAUAAUCCUGAUAUUGCCUGACACGACAUAUAUUUUACUUUGAGACGACAACCAGGGCUACGAAGGUAAUUUGUUCAGCGUACACUCUCUCGAAUCGCCGUAUAAAACCAUGAUCGAGAUGUAUCGCGACCAGUUCGAGGAGUUUAAGGCAUGUGCAAAGCGAGGCUCGGUGGAUAGUUAUUUAAUCGGGAUUCAGAGGCACCAGUCAGAGCGAGUUAGAUCGAAGCGAAUGUCGGAUUUGUACGUGACAGCGUCCGCUCCUGGGAGCAGGGAGGGGACGCCUGUGGGGUCUUGUCGUGCGGAACCACAUCAUUCCAGGUCCCAUUCAUUCAAAUAUAGGAAACCUAAACAUCGUCCGACGGAUUUAGCGCUUGAAGAUGAAAUUCGGCCGAGAACGUCCAGUAUGCCCACGAGCAAGAAGCCGGCUUUCCUUAGCCCGCCGCCUUCAGCUCUGUGGCACAGUAAUCAUGGAACUGAUGAUGACCAUCCCCUGUACAGGGUCAGAAGCUUUAAGACUACAACAAAAGGAAUAGUUAACAGAGGUGAUAGCUUUAAAUCGCGCUCAACUAACAGUGUAGCGUCAACUGGUAGCUUUGGAAGUAUCGGUCACUUGUGUAACUCGCUGGACGACUGUCGUAACACUUCGAGUCAUGCGAGUGUCAAUUCCCACGGGAGCACGACAAAUUCAGUCGCCUCUUCAGUAGGGAAUCAAGUCUAUAAAGUUUUUAUCAUGGGAUCUUCGGGAGUGGGGAAAACAGCCUUAACUCAGCAGUUCAUGACGUCAGAAUACAUGGGUGCCUUCGAUACAAGUACAGCCAGAACCCCCGAGCCCGAAACACCCACAACGCCGAAGGCUUUAACGUAUGAGGAAGCUGAGAAAACGGUGUCCGUGCUGCUUGAUGGAGAGGAGUCCACGAUGGACAUUUACGAUCUUCCAACCAGCAGAGACCCAUCAGACCUAGGUGAUGCUGAUGCCUACGUAGUAGUUUACGACAUCACGAGUCGGUCCUCUUUCGACAACGCUGUGGACAUCCUGUUCAAUAUCAGGAAGCAGCAGUGCCGACAGGUGGCGCUGAUCUUAGUUGGAAACAAAAGUGAUUUGGUGCGAUCAAGACAGAUAUCAGAAGAUGAGGGGAAAGAAAUCGCCAUUUCGUACAACUGUAAGUUCAUCCAAACAUCGGCAGUUCUCAACCACCAAGUAGACGAUCUCCUUGUAGGGGUUCUUAGCCAGAUUCGACUUGCCCCCAAGCGGGAAGAGCUCAAACGAAUGAAGAGAAACAAGAACAAAAACGAGAACGGAUCACAAAAAGGCUCGGCGAAGAAACUGCUUAGUAAGAUCUUCCGAAAGGACUCGAUCUCCAAAUCAUGUGAUAAUCUGCUUGUGCUAUAAACAGAACUACUGUCGGUAUUUGUGGUUGGGAUGGCAUUAAUCGGGAACUGAAGAUUAGUGGAUUACGCUUCUUCGUAGACGUUGUAAUGUCGUUUUUAAUGUCAUGUCGAAGAGGUCGCCUGCACCGCGCCCAACCGAAUAUGUGUCAAUGCGGCUGGAAUCUCCCAUAUCGAUGUUGCCCUUUUGUAAUUAACUCCCCCUCGGAUUGAAAGUGUCAACGGUUCGCUUUAAAAUGGAGAUGAGAUACGGCCAUACCGCUCAGUCCCUCAGUUAAACAGUAAGAGAAACAGCAACUUACUAGAAUUUCGCAUAUGGGCACCAUCCAUAUAGGAGAAAUUCCGUCCGUGCCAUAUUGGCAUAAAACAAGAUGGGCGCGGCACACCCAGUGGCCUCACCUCUCAUCGUAUGUGACAACUGGGGGAUAGGAUUAAAAGACAUGACAUGAAAAUGGCAUCAUAACGGUGCUUUUAAGUGUCGGGAGAAAAUCCGACCAACGUCGGUGGACGGGUAAAAUUGAAUAGCCCGGCUGAACAAAGAACUUGUACAGACUCUUCUUCAUGUGCCUUUUCCAAAAGUAUUGCGAACCACGGACCACAGAAUAGUGCCGCAGGUUUGGUAUGACCGAAUAUGAAUUCAGGCUGGUUACUCUAAGGCUGAUACUAUAAUGGCGACAAAGAAUUUCUCGCUUUGAAAUGCGUUGGCCAUGUUGUUUAUACUGCUAUUUACCUGUUGUAUUUCUAAAUACUUAUCAUGCCAAGCGAACAUCUUAUAUUUUAUAAUCUACAUGUUGCCUUUUGUACGUGAACAAAGAUUGGAAAAGUUAAGAAAUAUGGUAUUCACCCGACUCCCAUGGCUUUUUUACUUUUUCAAUUAGAAUUUCCUUUACUCGAUUUAGUAGGUGGCGCCUCUGGUAAUUUAAGGAGGCACAUUCUCUUCCGUGUAUAUAUCUUGUCCUUUAGUUACACUAGCAUAUACCCGUGGCGCGGGCUGUUCGAGGUAUAAAAAUCGGAUUGUGUGGGUGCUGGUAUGUUGUUGGUUUGGUGUAAAUGGGGUGCUGGUUUGUGAGUAACACUUUUUUUCAUAGUUACAUGUAGGACAGCACUGGGUCCUUAGUAUAACCCCAAUCAUCCAUGUUGUUGUCUUGGGAAUAAUGUCAAUAAAAUGUGUACAAAGGCAAUGCGAUGUAUUGCUUGAAGGAUACCAUACAUCAUAAAUGAAGGUCGUCGCAUGAAACGUUUCAAAUGAAUGAAUUGUACAUAUCGUUGGUGCAAAUCAUAAAGAUUGCUUAUAAGCCAUCAUAUUUUCUUAGUAUUGCGACGAAGAUUUUGUGUUUUUCCUUGCCGUACCCCUUUUUGCCGGUUUAUUCGUUGUAUACUAAAGGUUCUAUGAAGUUUCAUCGAUGUCUUAAUUCUCCUCAAUAAUCCUAGCUGCCAAUUAUUUUGCCAUUGCCCACCCGUGCAAAUAUAACUUGUAACGUAAAAAAUAUACCCAGAUUAUAUACCACACGUACCACUGCUUUCAUGUAUUACACUGCUACUAUUUCGAUAUUUUUAUGUUAAUUUGUUGUCUUCGUGAUCCGGAUAGAUUUUGCUAUUUACAGUUACGCCGGCCGCUUUCCCACUGCACAUAGCUUGCCCUGUUCAAGCAUCUGGCUCUUACGGUCAUGUGUUGUUCACUGUAAAUAUAUUUUCAUUUCAGUUAACCGGAAAGUGUUACUUAUCUAGAAAUUUUGUUCGUUAGUUUAAGACGGCAUGGGGUGUAGGUCUACGAAAAUAACGUUGUUGGCACUGCGCGCAUGGAUCGGGUUAAUAACGGCGGGAAUUGUCGAUAUUAAUUUUUUUCGAUUGAGCAACUUGAGUUCGGAAGGAUUCGGGUAAAGUUCGAUGAUUUGUAAAAUAAGCGUUUCUAAAUAUCGAUAUAAUGUUUGCAGACAUGCAUUUUAAAUUUAAUAAAAUACUGUGUGCUGUGAACUACUCGUUUCUUGUCUUCUUUUUCGUCGGUCCAAAUUUUAUUCAUGUCGGCUUAAAUUAGGCUCAUUAACUGCAUAAUCAAUAUCUUCAGCAGUGCACAUCAGUUUCCGAUUCACCAUAUCAAAAACCCGGGUAUCGUAACAUAUAUAAAACCCUUUUGUAGUCAUGUUGCGUACGUGUAGACGCCGUCAGACUACAUCUGAAAGCGACCUUAUCAUUGGUUCGCAACCUGCCAAAUUCGUUGUGGUUGUCGAGUGCCGAUAUAGCCGAAAGCCCAGGACAAUUAACAACGUGUCGCAGUGGUACAUGGCAGUGGUACUUGUGUGUUUUCUGCUAUGAACUUAUCUAUGUUAUCAAACAUACCAUGUUAAGCCUUUGACUUUACCCGUCCAGUACUGCCACGCCAUGUUGUGUUAGUCUUUCAAACCGGGAUCUAUAAGUCAAGAUGGAGCCACCAGGUUUUAACAAUAAACUUCUUCAAGCCUGAGAGGGAGGGCAGAGAAUCAGGUUGCUGUUCAAGCAACUAGCUCUUACGGUCAUGGGGGUGGUUUACUGUAAAUAUAUUUUCUUUUCAGUUAACCGGAAAGUGUUACUUAUCUAGAAAUUUUGUUCGUUAGCUUAAGACGGCAUGGGGUGUAGGUCUACGAAAAUAACGUUGUUGGCACUGCGCGCAUGGAUCGGGUUAAUAACGGCGGGAAUUGUCGAUGUUAAAUUUUUUCGAUUGAGCAACUUGAGUUCGGAAGGAUUCGGGUAAAGUUCGAUGAUUUGUAAAAUAAGCAUUUCUAAAUAUCGAUAUAAUGUUUGCAGACAUGCAUUUUAAAUUAAUAAAAUAUUGUGUGCUGUGAA